GAUGUCGUCUUUAUCCGUAGGUGAAUGAAUUGUAGCGAGGCGAAUUUGGAUCCAAUUUGGAUUUUUGCUUUUGGUAAAUCCAAAAGGCUUUCCUACUUCUUCACAAGUUUUAGUUUUUCUUGAAGAAUAGCUUAGUUUUAUUUCCCGUUGUUGUUUGAUAAAUUUCUGGUCUCUUCAUUCUUUCCUGUGUCACUGCCUGCAUGGCUAUCCCCAAUCCUUUUCGUCGAAAUGAUGAAAACACUCGCCACGCCUGGGGACAUACCUUCCAAUGGACUCCUGAUCAUUUUACAAAAGAGCAGAUGCAUCCCAUGAAGUCUUCAUAUGAUGUUCUGGCUGAAGAAUGCUUAAAUCGUUUGGACAAUAUAUCGCCACCCACAUCUGGAGAACUUCCCAGGAACCAAAGCACGAUUCCAAAGGGAAAGGAAGGCGAGGAAAAACCCAAGAGGGAUUUGUAUGUCUUGCUGAAAGAACAUGCUUCUGAGGAUGGAAAACUGGGCGAACUAUGGAAUGAAGUUAAUACAAUACCGGAUUGGGUUGAUUGGGCACAAAUCGAAAGAGGUCAAGAGGUGUUUUACAGAUAUGGAGGGGCUGUAUUGACUGGAUUGGCAUAUCAGUCUUUACUGGGCGGCAUGGGCGCAGCUAGAGUUACAGAAGUCCUAGCUAGGACUGGAGGCUUUUCUACAAAGUCAGCCAGAAGAAGAAUGUUCGAAACAACCCAGCUUCUCCUUCAAGUGACCCAAUCUCUUGAAGCAAUCAAACCCGGCGGCAUAGGCCAUAUAUCCUCCAUAAAAGUCCGUCUGCUCCACGCCGCCGUCCGCCGCCGCAUUCUAGCCCUAGCCAAAGAAAAACCAUCCUACUAUUCCAUAUCAGACCACGGCAUCCCCAUCAACGACCUCGACAGCAUAGCAACUAUCGGCACCUUCUCCGCCACCCUAAUCUGGCUCUCCCUCCCCCGUCAAGGUAUCUUUCUCCGCCCCCAAGAAAUAGCCGACUACAUCGCCCUCUGGCGUCUCGUCGCCCACUAUCUCGGCACUCCAACUUCCUUCUUCGAAACUCCCACCUCCGCAAAAGCCAUCAUGGAAUCUCUCCUUCUAACCGAAAUCAACCCUUCCCCCACCUCCCAAAUCCUCGCUCAAAACAUCAUCCUCUCCCUCCAAAACCAAGCUCCAGCCUACCCCUCCCGCUCCUUCCUCGAAGCCAACGCGCGUUGGCUAAACGGCCACUUACUCUGCGAUGCCCUCGGCCUCGGUAACCCUCCCCUAUACUACUACAUCCUCGUCGCCGGCCAAUGCAUCUUCUACAUGGCAAUCAGCUAUCUUUACCGCAGCAUCAAUCAUCUCGAUCGCAAACAAAUCGUCUUUUUAAGAAGGGUCUUGCCCAUGGUAAUACAUAGUCCGACGGUGGGAAUUGCGGGGGAAACGGGCUUCGAAUUGCAGUAUGUGCCGGAAUUUAGCACGAAAACGGAGUUGGGCGAGUAUGUACAGGGCGAGGAGAAUAAGGGGGGUGUGGAGAGGAGAAAUCUAAAGGCGUUCGGAUUGGCGGUUGUGGGCGUGGGAGUGGGAAGUUGGGUGGUGUGGAAGGGAUUGAGGGGUUUGGUGAUGGGCGUGGUGGGGAUGGGAAGGGGAUUGCUUUGGUUGUGGGGAUAAGCAGCGGAGAAGGGAAGGGGAAAUCAGGAAUUGUAUUUUUGUAAUAUAUUGUAUCAAUACUUUAUUGUUUCUGUACGCAGCAGCGGGAAGCAUCGCGUCACAAUCUAGCAGUAAAAUCA